AUGACCGCGGUCACUCCGCUUCCACCUUCCCUGCUGCCACCAAGCACUGUGAGGGCCAAAGUGAUGGCAGCUUGGAGUGGAUCUGUACCAACGACUACUAAUGUAGCUCCCAACCAAUCUGACCCUGUACCGCCUGUACAUCCGAACGGCAGUAGUAUGGAGGAGCUGGUUGCAAAGAAAAUGACCGUGUCGGAGCGUGACUACUCCGCCCAGGAAGUCUGCCACAUUCUGACCGGGCAGCCCUUAUACGAUUCCUCGCGCUCGUUCCAUGUAGUGAGCCUGAACAAGAACCCUUGGGUUCCACUCCGCGAGGAGAACCCUCGCCGCGACGACGGUUGCCAAAGGCUGGUCUUGGGUAGAGGGAGAUGGGUCCAGGCCAGGAGGGAGGCCAUAGUCCGUGUCUUCCCGCGCGUAAAGCUGACGGGCAACGAUGACAGUGACGAGGCCUACUACCGAGUCCAAGUCCUGCUGCACACAGCUUGGCGGAGAGAGGCGGAGGCUAAGGGGCCAGGCACCUGGAAGGAAGCCUUCGAGCACCACGGGCUCGUCCCAGAGGUGGCCCUGGAGAACGCCCUGCAGGAGGCAGCCGCAGAUGCAGCCACCAAAGAGGAUCUCUUUGAGCAGCCCGAGCCUGAGGAACAGGACGAGGAGGGCAUGGAGGAGUGGAUGGCAGUGGCCAGGAGGGGCCCUCACGGGGUGGUCGAGCAGGUCGAGCUCGGCCGGCGCGAGAUGGACUUGGCUAAUGACUGGCAUGGACCCUCACAGGCAUACGGGGACCACGCUGCUCUGCGGGACUUUGUGUCCAGGAACAGGGUGACGGCCAACCUGGAGCCCGAGGAGGAGGUCGUGGUGGACGACGUCGUCUACACGGCGGAGCAGCAGAAGCUGAUCGACUUGCUCUUUGACGCCACCAUCGCGGGGCUGCGCAUUAGGGAGUGUGACAAGUGUCACCGGAGCGUCAUGCGGGUGGACGGGAAGCUGGCGCCCACCUGUGCGAACAAUGAGUGCCACAAGAAGUUCUCUGCCACUAACUUCAUGGACCCGGGGGAGGUUCCUCCAGAACUGCAGGGUCUCACUUACAUUGAGCAGCAGCUGAUUGCUCGUGUACAUCCCGUGGUCUCUGUGUACAAGGUGAGGGGCGGCCAGUACGGGUACUCAGGAAACAUUAUUAAUUUUCCACAGGACGUGCAGCAGUUGGCCUCCGCGCUGCCGCACCGCCUGGCCGACCUGUCCUCCGUCAUCACGGUCCGCACCCAGGGCGCUGAGGGCCAAGUGGACUUCAAAGUGCGAGCGGGCUACGUCCGGCGUGCACUCGUGUGGCUGAAGGCGAACAACCGCAACUACCGUGAUAUUCAAAUAUCGGAGGAGAACUUGAACGAUCUCCCUGCUGAUGGUGAUGUGUUCGCGCAGGUGCAGGGCAUAGAUGAACGCCCACCUGCAGCUGCUGCCCAACCUGCACCCGCUGCACCUGGCGCCGCAGCUGCGCCACCUGCACCCGCUCCAGCACCGGCCGGCGGCCCAGCAGAGGGGCCCCAGCAGGAGGAGACGGAGGCCGGCAUCCACGUGACCUGCAUGCCUCUGGUGCGGCCCGUGCACAACGGCGACCAGGUGGAGGCCACUGUCGCGGACUGGCCGACCAUUGGCCAUCAGGCUGUGAAUGAGUUCACCACGGCGGGGUAUUUGAGUAUGGCCUUUCCGACCCUCUUGUGCCAUGGGACAGCUGACCUGCGGAGUGGUCGGCCCACAAAGGUCAACGUGGCUGAGUAUUUCAAGUACCUAAUGGAGUACUCUGAUAGGCGUUUCGCUUGCCAUCCCACUUUCAGGUUUUUUGCCCUGAACUCUAUGAUGCGGUGGAAUGCCUUGACAAACGGGCGGGUGUUUGUCAGGAACAACCCUCAGUACCGGGACAUGACUGCUGCUGACCUCCGGCGAGCACUGCAGACCAACAGGAGGAAUGUUCUGAAGCAGGCUUUGUACCAUGGUAACAAACUGCACGGAACUAGGCAGUUCUGGCACGCGCGUUGUGGUGAGUUGCUGGACAUGGUCGACCAGCUGGGUAUACCCACACUUUUCCUCACGCUCAGUGCUGCUGACCUUCACUGGGAGGACUUAUUUCGGUUGCUAGCCCCCGGGGAGGACGUGAACGCUAUGACGGACGCGCGGCGCGCCAAAUUACUUAGUGAGAAUCCGCUCAUAGCGGACACCUUCUUUACGGUUAGGGCGACGCAUUUCAUUAAGCAUACGUACAAACUGAAGUACGACUUGGUUGAUCAUUGGUUCCGCUUUGAGUAUCAACAUCGCGGGUCCGCCCAUGUACAUGCAAUUUUGUGGCAUAAUAAUGCACCAGAUGUGAGCAACCUACAGGGGGCCUCGCAGGAGCACCUAGACGCCGUCAUCCGUUACUUUGACGGGUUGGUGUCGACCAUGAAUCCAGGCAAGGACCUGCCUCCUGCUGACGUCCACCCGUGCAGGAAAAAGUUCAGCCAGGUAGAUGAGGCGAUUCGUGGUCGUGACCUUGGCGAACUGUUGAACCGGGUGCAAAGGCACAAGUGUUCUAAUGGUUACUGCCAGCGAGUCGACAAGGCCACUGGCCAGCCAGUCUGUAGGUUUAAAUUUCCUUUUCAGGAGGAGCCGAUCACAAGGCUCUUCGAAAACGAUAAAGGCCUUUGGGAACUUGUUACUGCUCGCAACGACAGUCUCCUCAACAAGUAUAUGGAAUGGGUGAUUGCAUUGUGGAGAGCUAACAUGGACGCUACACCCAUUGUGUCUCUAGGUUUCAUUCUCAGGUACAUUGCAAAGUACACAGCCAAGGGCGAGCCCAGGUCGCAGCCCUGUGCGGAGCUGGUGAAAGCUGUCCUAGAGGCGAGUGGCGAGGACGACUCGGCCAGGUCUGUCAUCCAGAAGCUCCUCAUGAAGACCGUGUCGGAGCGUGACUACUCCGCCCAGGAAGUUGCCAAAGGUUGGUCUUGGAGUAGAGGGAGAUGGGUGCAGGCCAGGAGGGAGGCUAUAGUCCGUGUCUUCCCGCGCGUAAAGCUGACGGGCAACGACGACCGUGACGAGGCCUACUACCGAGUCCAAGUCCUGCUGCACACAGCUUGGCGGACAGAGGCGGAGGCUAAGGGGCCAGGCACCUGGAAGGAAGCCUUCGAGCACCACGGGCUCGUCCCCGAGGUGGCCCUGGAGAACGCCCUACAGGAGGCAGCCGCAGAUGCGGCCGCCGAGGACGAUCUCUUCGAGGAGCCCGAGCCUGAGGAACAGGACGAGGAGGGCAUGGAGGAGUGGAUGGCCGUGGCCAGGAGGGGUCCUCACGGGGUGGUCGAGCAGGUCGAGCUCGGCCGGCGCGAGAUGGACUUGGCUAAUGACUGGCAUGCAUCCUCACAGGCAUACGGGGACCACGCUGCUCUGCGGGACUUUGUGUCCAGAAACAGGGCGACGGCCAACCUGGAGCCUGAGGAGGAGGUCGUGGUGGACGACGUCGUCUACACGGCGGAGCAGCAAAAGCUGAUCGACUUGGUGCAGACCCAGAUCGACUCGGUGAAAGCUGGAGAUGCGCCCCCCGGCCCGCCCGUGGUCAGGCGUGUCAUUAUCCAAGGCAAGGCUGGGUGUGGUAAGAGCACCGUCAUCAAGAAGUGCGUGGCCAUGGCAAGGGAGCAGUUGGGGCCAAAGUCUGUCAAGAUCAUGACCCCAACAGCGGCCGCUGCCACUGUCCUUGGAAUGGGGUGCACCACAAUUCAUUCUUUGUGCAAAAUAUUUCCCCGGCAGCAGUUCAAGCCCCUAGAGGGCGCGACGUUGCGCAAGUUCCAGGACGACAUGGAACCUGUCAAUUUCAUUUUUAUUGAUGAAUUUUCGAUGAUUGGGUGUAAACUCCUAGGUUGGCUUGAGCAGCGCCUGCGCGAGGCCAAGCCGGAAUGCGAUGAUGCAUUCUCGAACUUCUUCGUGUACCUCUGUGGCGACGUCCGGCAACUGCCACCGGUCUGUGACCCGCCUCUCUACGCCACCACAGGGGACACGGCGGACGUACAUCGGGGUAGACUGGUGUACCAGGCUUUCGAAAAGUCUAUAGUUUUAACCGUGUCUCAGCGUCAGGCAGAUGCCACUUUCCGUGACGCGUUGGACCGCCUGUCCGUCGGGACCUCCACCGAGGAGGACUACAACAGGUUCUCGUCGCGUUUCCGAUUGAACGUCCCCGCCGCCGAGCGGGAGCAGUUCAACGACGCCCUGCACGUGUACACCACGCGCGGUGAGGUGGCCGCCCAUAACACCGCCAAGCUCGUGGAGCUCGACCAGCCCGUGGCGCGCAUCGCCGCGCGGCACAACAACGCCAAGGCCAAGGCGGCCAGUGCUGACUGUGCCCAGGGCCUCGAGCCCGUCGUGUACCUGGCGAAGGGCUCUCGCGUCAUGCUGCGCAGCAACUUAUGGUUGGCAGCCGGGUUGGUGAAUGGCGCUACGGGUACCGUGGUGGACAUCAUCUACAGCCCCGACAAGUCCCCUCCUGACGACCUCCCCGUCGCCGUGAUGGUGAGGUUCGACAAGUACAGCGGGCCGACCAUGCCCGACGGCACGGUCCCCAUCCCCACGCAGGUGCGCGGUUGGGAUGACAACAAGGGAACCCACUGCACUCGCGAGCAGUUCCCCCUCGCUCUGGCCUGGGCCAUCACUGUGCACAAGGCGCAGGGCCUAACGGUCGAGCGGGCCGUCGUCAGUGUCGGCCAGAGGGACUUCCAAGUGGGGCUUAUCUAUGUAGCCAUGUCUCGCGUAAAGUCCUGGGAGGGCCUUCUGCUAGACCCCGAGUUUAGUUUGAACAGAAUGACUGACAUACGAAAGUGUCCGGGCUUCAUCGCCCGCGAAGCAGGCGUGAGGAACAUCCUCCGUAAACGCAUUCUGUAG